AUGUCUAAGUCAGAACCUUCUUCGCAUGACCUGGCUUCCGGGGUUAACUCCAGCCGGAGUGGAACCUUUCCGCCCAUGGAACAAUUAAAAACCGGGGUCCAGGUUAUAGUCGGCAACCAUCGAGUGGAAGUAGUCAAAUAUCUGGCAGAGGGUGGUUUUGCUCAGAUAUACGUUGUGAGAUUCAUUGAGUACGCGAAUGAAUUGGAAAGGCAACCAUCUGUUCCUCUAACGGUCGGACAUUUGGCAUGUCUGAAGCGAGUGUUGGUGACCGAUGAAAAUGGCCUUAAUGAGAUGCGAAACGAGGUCGGAGUUAUGAAGCAACUGUCUGGAAGUGCAAAUAUUGUACAGUACUAUGAUUCGCAUGCCUCCAGGUCUCGCGACGGUACGACAGGUUUCGAGGUGAUGCUGCUGAUGGAACUUUGCCCGAACAACUCCCUCUUGGAUUAUAUGAAUCAGCGACUCGCCACCAAGCUGUCAGAAACAGAUAUCCUGAAGAUUAUGUUUGACGUAACUCGUGCUCUUGCUGACAUGCACCAUCUCCCGGUUCCACUUAUACAUCGUGACAUCAAAAUUGAGAAUGUGCUAGUUGACGCGGACAACAAUUUCAAGCUUUGUGAUUUUGGUUCGACUUCAACGUGUCUUCCUGUGGCUAAUACACACCAAGAGAUUGCGAUAAUCACUAACAACAUCUACGUUCACACCACCCCGCAGUAUAGAUCACCUGAAAUGAUAGACCUGUAUCGAUGCCUGCCUAUUGACGAAAAGUCUGACAUAUGGGCUUUGGGGAUCUUUUUAUACAAGUUGUUGUUUUAUACAACUCCUUUUGAACUUACCGGUCAAUUCGCAAUAUUGCAUUCCAAGUACGAAAUCCCAGUCAACAAUUACUCCUCCAAACUCAUCAAUUUAAUCAUCAUUAUGUUGGCGGAAAAUCCUAACUUGAGGCCAAACAUCUACCAAGUCAUGGAUAUUCUGUGCUCUAUGUCAAGAUGCGAUAAUCCUGUGGAAGAUAAAUUCCAAUUGGGCUCUUACAACUUCGAAAAAUACGCAGAAUACCAAGCAAAGCUCCAAAAAAUACAAUAUCAGAUGUACUUAUCAUACGAGAAUAAGCAGCACGUCGAUGUUUUGAAUGACCUUUUCAUCAACUGUUUUGAAAUCGCACCAAAACAACCUGUUAACAUGGGCCAGAACACUCGCUCGGGGUCGUUAGAGGUAGAUGGUAGUGAAGCUUCUGCCAUCCCCGUGGCUUUAAGUGAAAACACCUCGGCCGGUGAAGAGGAUAUUGGAUUAGUACAGCAGCAAUUCCCCUCCGUUGAGGACCUAGAAGGUUACUUGCACGAAGAGACGAGGCGUGAUGGUGAUAGACACAAUUCCAAUACUACUGCUAGCGUUGGGACUAGCUCUCAUUCUUCUAGCAAAGUUGAUUUGGGGAAGACGGCAGAAACACUGUCUUCCAGUCAAGGUCAGCCAACCUUACCUUCAGGAGCGCCGCCCAAUAUGGUGAGAGAUAUGACUGCGCGCUCCCUCACGUCGACCAAACAGCAUAAGUCCUCUAACCCAUUUCCUUAUAUUCACCAAGAAAAGUAUGAAGUGGAACCAGAGACUAAUCCGAUCUUCGAAAGUGCUGGAGAAGUACCAGAUGUUAAUCAACCUUCCAUUGAGUUGGACAAUGCUGCCAAUCCGGUCCAAGCUGCACAAAGUCAAAGGCAGGCUUCCAUGAGCUUACUGCCAAAUCCUCAGGGUGCAAGCCAUUCGUUUCAAAAUCAACGUCAAGACUUUGAAAAAAAGGAAUCCUACGAACAGUAUUUUCGGGAAACUAGAACACCCCUUGUGGAGAAAAGUGUUGAACCGUCUUCAUCUGAGUAUCCAUUUCAAAGCAUGAAUGGCAAACAAGAACAAUCUCUACAGAUCCAACAAACACAACAAACGCGAGCUCUUCAACAGCAGUAUCCCGAUGCUGCGCCUAAUCCGCCCCCUCAAUCUCAAAAUCUGGCCUAUGACCCCUCUUCCUUACAAGAGAAUGCUGAGCUUCUCGUUGAUUUUUCAAAUGUUGGGCGUAAGGAACCUCAAAGGCUAGACUUAACGUUUGAUAGUGUUGAUCUUUCAACUCCUACAAAGAGUGGUAUGAAGGACAGUCCCAGCUUAUCUGAACAGAGCUUAGCCUCCAGCGAGAGCUACUCUGUCGAAAUGCACAGAAAAGUUGCUGAUUCUGAAAAACCAUCUCGGAGACCUCCUCAAGGAGGCACGGCGAAUACCUCAUUAGUCACCACUCAACCAUCCCAAGGUCGUCGAUCUCUCGAUUUAAAAUAUCAGGAAAUGGAUUUUUCGGCGUCGCCUCCUCCAGAUGCCAAAUUACAAAAGACCAAGACUACCAUUCACCCAUCGCGCAAGACUAAUGCCGGCAGCGAUUUAAGGAGGUCAUUUACACGCGGCAGAAAAUCUCUAGACCUAGAGCAUCUGAAGCGAGACGUGGCAUCCAGUACCGAAAACACUGCCAGCAAGCGUAGGUCUUUCUUUGGCAAAUUCAAGAGCUGA